ACAGGGAUGGAGAAAGUGUGGUCUGAUCUGCAUGCGCUCAAGAAGCUAUACGGGCUGCUUCAAAGGUUAGAUGAGACGUCCAGGGCCCUUCUGAAGAAGCUGCUUGAUGAUGCUACACGCCAAGCUCUCCUGAAGCAGGCAAAUCCUCUUACUGCUGCUUCUGAUUCGGUGAUUCCGUUUUCUCUUGGUUUGACGUCUCCAAAGAAAAUGGAUCAAACAGCAUCGCCGAGUUCAUCAUUUCUUAACAACAAAUUGCCAGAAAAAACAGAGAUGGAGCAAAUUUUGUCUGAUCUGGAGGCGCUCACAAAACUGUACAGCCUGCUUCACAAGGGUCCGGCAGAUGAAAAUUUAGACGUUGCAUCCAUGGCUGUUCUGAUGAAGAUACUAGAAGAUGCUACCCAGGAGGCUGUCCGGAGGCAGGCAAAGAUUCUAUCAGGUUCUCUAGUGUCCCCUGCGCUAGAGAGAAAGCUCUCCAUGCGAUCAGACUGCCAGACACAGCAUGCCGAUCCGCGCCUGAGGCCAGUGGCCUCACCCAGACCUAGCCUCCUGGCCAGUGAGCAAUCGCGCCGGCUAAACCUGCAACAUUCUACAGUGUCACGCCGAUCCGGCCUCCACGGCGACGGCCAUCGCCAUGCAGCGGAAGAGCCUCUGUCCCUUGCUCGCCUCGCCUCCAAGUGCUCGUCGAGAACCGCAUUGCCGGCACGGCACCGUCCAAGCCAAGAGCAGCGGCACUCCAGCCUCAGCCUCCCCCGUUUCCCCGCAGAUGGAACGUCGAGACAUGGCACGGUGACCGGAGGUACUCGGCUUGCCGAUCGCCGGGACAGCAUCUGUCGCAGCUCCUGCCGUGGUGACCAGUGGUCGCUGGAACGCAGCAGCAUCAGCAGCAGGAGCAGCAGCCGGCGUUCCGUGCGACGUCGGCAGGAAAUCCUGGAGAAGCGGGUGGCGCGGCUGCGGAUGCUCAAGGACAAAAUCGCCACGGUGUUCCAUCACCGCCACGACCAGCACCAGCACCAGCACCACCACCUCGGGGGCGGCCAGGAGGCUGGCCCCUCGUCCAGGAGCGUCGUCCGCGGCGCAGGCCACCUCAACUCGCCGUGGCAGUACCUUACGAGCAUGUUCCACCGCGCUAAAGGCAAAUACAAGAAUACUAGGAGCCGGACGGUGGUAGGCGUGCCGGAGAAGAAGAGGCGCGGUGGUGGCGGCGGCGGGAACAUGCACGCGCUAUUCGAUGCGGUGCAGCGGCAUUUGAAGGGCAAGCGGAGGGCACCGGCGGGCUUAAAACUGAGGAGGAAGGCCAGCCGGGUGCGGGCCAAGAAGAUACAACAUUGGUGGCAGCGGGGCAUGGCAAGGGUGACGGCGGGCAGUAGACCACGGCACCGUUUAGGGCAUGGAAAGGCAGGGUGGCUGUAGGUCCUUUUACUUGGUCAUUGCCACUCCAUAUUCACUUCCGGUUGUUUCAUGAACUUACAACAUGUUUCAGUGUUAAUGUUAAUAGAACACCGACACCUAAAGUUGACAAGUAGGGUGUGGGUGUUUCACUGUUAUGUAAAUGUAGCUGAGUAGCUCUGAUAUGAUAAAGGUCACCCCGUUUCUCGGCUAACUGUUUAUAUUGGGUUCUGAUUUCGGUCCGUU